AUGCUACGAAACACGGGGAAGUUCCCCAAUAACACAUUUGAAGAAGAUAAGGUAAAGGAGAAAACCAUCAUUUACAACAGACGAAUAGAUAAAGAAAUAAAAAAUUUGAAAGAAUCAAAGCUUAUACAUGACAAGAAUGUGUACAUAACAAUUAAUCAAGUUAAUCAAGCUAAUCAAGCCGAUGUGGUGGAAGAAAAUAAUAACCAUAUCUUGCUUGAACACAAUUCGGUGGGCACAAAAUGGAAUAAGUAUUUGUGCUUACUAGAAAGCUUUAAUGAAAAAUAUUUUCAAAGCGAUACCUUUUUUUUGAGAAAUUUUGUGAAUAAUGUAAAAAACUUAAAGAAAAAAAUAAAUACAAGAUCAUACAUGACAAAUGAUGAUGUGAUUAGUCCUACCGUUUUGGAAGAGUUGAACAAGUAUAACAGAUAUGCGAAUGUUGUAUGCCCAUUUUUUGACAUUUAUGAAAUACUAAAUUUUGGAAGCAUCUUUGAUAACUUUUCAGACUUUUUAAAUGAAAUUUGUUAUUUUUUAGAAAAUUUUGAAAUUUUUAAAAAUGGGUUCAUGAAAGAGCAACGUGUCUUUGGCAAUUUAAGUGAGAACAAUGAAACAGAGAAUGACCCAUUUGAUAGCCAUGAAAAUAGUAAAUUUUCCUUUUUUACAAAUACAUUUUUCGAAAUUAUAUACAAAGAUUUUACAAUUCAUUUGAGAAACAUUCAAAGAGAGGUGAUAAAUAAAGUUCUAUAUUCUAAUGAUUAUGAAGAGGAAUCUUUUUAUGAGACUUUUUCACUAUUCUUUCACAGAUAUUAUAGUAUAAAUGAAAGUGUUGUGUUUUCUUUUUUCAUUUUCGAUGAUUACCCUUUUAGUAAACCUUACGUUAAUAUAGACCACGUGCCCUUUUGUUUGUUGAGAAAAAAAAAUCAAAGGAAGUUAAAAGGAGAUAAAUACAAUAAGAGAAAUGUAAUAUCUAUUUUAUUACAUGAAGAAAAGGGAUGGGUUCCUAAAAUUACAAUAGUAAAUUUAUUUGAAGGAUCUCAAAAUUUUGUUCACAAACUUUUUUUUUAUUAUCAAUAUAAAAUAUAUCUUUUUUAUUAUUACCUGAACAAGCAUAAAAUAUUUGAACGUUUUUUUGAAAAUAAUUGCAAAGUAAACUUUGAAACUUAUCCACUCGUUUAUGCAUAUGUAGCAACAGUAGACAAAAAAUUAGCUACACAAAAAGUGAAAAGAAAGAAAAAUUAUUCUAAUUUGUUAUACAGCAUUAAUAAUUGUGAAUUCAUAAAUCAAAAUAUUCUUUUGUAUAAAUUUUUUUAUACAUACAAAAAGUUAAAAAGGAAGAAUUAUUACCCUGGAAAUGUUGAGAAAAUUACUUCUUCCAUACAACAAAUCAUUCAAAUAAAAAAAAAAAAAUAUGAGUAUUACAUAUAUUUAUUUUUCCUUCUUUUCAUUUUUUUCCUUCCACAAUUUAUUAAAAAUGUGUAUAUAUACCAUUCCGAGGAAAUUCAAAAUUAUCUCACAUACGUAGGGAAGAAUGGAUUUGCACAAUUUGGGAAUUUGAAAGAUGAUGAUGCACGGACUGUCAGAACUCAUCCGUUGUUCUAUGUUUAUGUGGAACGACUAAGUAGGUUCAACUUUGCACAAAUGAGUAAAGGUAGAAAUGCAUUCGAUACUGCAUCCAUUCCAGACGAGGAGCCAAAUUUCCAUGGUGAUAAAGAGAAGAGGGUAAACAAAAAACUGGGAAAAGAAGAAAAAGGCCAACUGGGUAAGGAUGCAGUGGAAAACAGAAUUAAAAGUAGCAAGGAUAUGAUGAAAGAAAUGGAGUCAUCAGCUCCCUCAACCACAAGCGAUGCUCUAAGCAGAAAGGGGGAAUGGUCAAAUUCUGAGAAGACAAAGAAUGACAAGAUUGAUAAUAAUUUAAUAAUCACACAGAAAAAAAAGAGUGCAGAAAGAGGGAUAGAAAAGAAUGCACGAAUAAAUAUCCUAACAAUUGUAUUGCUAGCUAUAACCGAAUUUCUCGUUUUCACAUUGGGGGUGAUAUAUAAUUUGCACUUAUUAAAGAAACGAAUGAAUCACAACAAUUUUGUGGUAAAUAUUUGUUCGUCCAUGUUAAUAUUAUAUAACCCAUUGUUUUACUCAAAUAAUACAAACUAUGUAACGGUAUUUUCUCUCGGUUUGUUAUUCUGGACUCUCAAUUUUAUUUUGCUGAAAAGAAUGUACAUAUCACUUGUGGUUUAUUUUAUAGCUACAUAUUUUGAUACACGUAAUUUGAGUUUUUUUUUCCCCAUUCUUUUUAUUUAUACAUAUACCAAUAGCAGAUAUGUAAUAAGAAAAGGAAAUAAAGUGAAGAGUAUAUUUAAAAACUGGUACGACGUAGUCAAACAUGUGCUCCUAUACACUUUGACAUUUUUUAUGAUAUCUUUAUUUUUUUUUUAUACUUUUUCGGAAGAACAAAUACCAUGGAUAACUAUCAUAAAAAGAUGUCUCCAUUUUAUAAGCGAACAUUUUGAAGCCUUAGGACAGUCAUUUAUAAAAAAUAAUAAUGGUUCAUUUUAUUCGUCUUCGGAUACCAAAACAAUGACAGGUGGAAAUGAGAGUAGAAAUAUGGGAGGAUCAUACAGUAAUAUUGUAGAGAAUAUUUCCUAUAGAUACAUAUUUUUCCCUUGUUAUAUCCCACAUAUUUUAAUCAUACUCUUUAACUAUCUCAUUGUUGUAAAUACAAUAGCUAAAUUGUACUGCUCUUUGAUGUUUUCAUCCAUUGUAUUUUUUUUUAUGUCUUGGGGUAAUCAUUAUUGCUGUAAUUAUUUCCUCACUGUUUUGUUAAUUUUACUAUUUCUUUUUAUCAAUGUUGUUAGGAGUUCUAGCAUACUAUUAAAUAUUAUUUUUACUUCUUAUAUAAUUAUAACCAGUGAUAGUUUUAAUAUAUACCUUUUUUCCUUAACCAUAUUUUAUUUUUUGUUUCACUUUUAUCUGAUGUUUCCAUCUCAUAAUUUCCUUCUCAAUAUUAAUUAUCAUGCGUAUAUUUGUUUCAAAUUGAUUAAACAAGUGUGCAGUUAUGUUUUAUGCAACAUGGUUUAUCUAUAUGAAACAAGUAUAAAAAACAUUGUUUUGUCAUUUGUGGUUAUGCUCUUUUCAUCAUCCUCUUCUUCUGUUAUCACUCCACCGGACGAGAAUUAUACUAGAGACAUUCUCCAACGCAAGGAAAUUCAAUUGAAGAUUAUUCUUUGUUUAUACUCUCAUUUACCUCGUGACUUUUUGCACAUACCUGUGACGUUGUUCACCUUCGUCCUUUUUAUUCUCCUUGGCUUUUUACGGGUACACGCCCAACGGAGGUAUCCUAAGAUUGCUCUUCACUCAUUGAAGCUCUUAACUGUGAUCACUUUGCUUACAAUACUUCUGCUAUUUUACACAAAACGUAAGAAAUUCAAAAAGUUGGAUUUUUUGAGUACCCCUGAAUCUGCUUGCAAGAGGACAUUUCCAUUAGAGCGUUCCAAAAAACUGUGA